GAAGCGGACGUCACGUGGUCGACUCUUCAGGUUAGCUUUCGUCGCUGGUGGUGAAUCCGGUCAACCUGUCCCUAAAAACAUGUGGAAGACUCAUUAAUGUCCACACGAGCGGCUCUGUAGCGACGUAGUACCGUUGUACCGUGUUCGAAUCCCUCCGCGGCUCUCUGUCGGAGACGGUUGAAUUCAGUGGGAAUCAGAAAUCAGCGGAACGGCGGAAGAAGGCAAGGAGACAUGUCGUACUAUUCAUCGUCCCGUAGUUCGUCUCGGGCCACCGACUGUAAAGUGUACGUGGGUGACUUAGGCAACGGCGCUGCCAAGGGUGAGCUGGAGCGAGCGUUCAGUUAUUACGGCCCACUGAGAAGUGUGUGGGUGGCCAGGAACCCACCAGGGUUUGCCUUUGUAGAGUUCGAGGAUCCCAGAGAUGCAGAAGAUGCUGUGAAGGGCAUGGAUGGAAAGGUUCUUUGUGGUUCCCGUGUUCGUGUGGAGAUGUCUACAGGCCUCUCCAGGAAGGGCCGUGGGCGCCCUAGCCGGCGCCAGUUUGACCCCAAUGAUCGGUGUUACCAGUGUGGGGACCGGGGCCACUAUGCCUACGACUGCUACCGCUUUAGCAAGAGAGGAGGUCGUCGCAGCAGGUCUCGCUCUCGAUCUCGCUCCAGGUCAAGGUCCAGGUCCCGUGGACGCCGCUAUCGCUCUCGCUCCCGCAGCCGUAGCCACAGCAGGAGCCGCCGCCGAUCUCCAUCCUAUACCAGACGCAGGAGCAGGUCUGGCUCCCCAGCUCGUUCUAAGUCCAGGACUCCAGUGAGAAGUCGCUCCAGAUCUCGUUCUCGGUCUGGCUCUGCGCCCAGAAGACGCUCUGCCUCCCGAUCCCGCUCACGAUCUCAGUCCGCGAACCACAAGAGGGCCAGCGUGUGGUGGGAGCUGAGCACUGCACUGACACCGCAGCUGAUCCCAGGCCCAGGGUCUGCCAGCUGGCGGUGUGUACGUCCUGCGGGAGGGUGACUAAGCGCUGACCUGAGAUCAGCCUUCGCCUGCAUCUGGUGUUAGACAGCGAGAAAGAGGUCGACCUACCGACCGAACCCUCCCCACAGUGAAUGGGUGACCGUCUGUUCAACCGACGCACACGCUCAGACGAGAUCAGCCCAUGCACACAUACAGUUGUUCUACUAGAGUCACCCAGCCAGCCAGCCAGCCUUCAGAUGUACCAGAGGGCUGACCCACACAGAUCAGAGUUCGACCACUACCUUUUUAAAUCCAUUAUCUACCUACCAGACCCCCUACCUACCAGAGUUCUUCGGCCUCUGUCUUAGCUUCUGAAAGUGAGAGAAAGAGAGCUGACGAGAGAUCAGUCUUCAAGAGCCUCCCAGCGCAGUGUCUCUCCAAGUUGUAGUCAUCCGUCCUUCAGUCCUUUCAUCCUUCGCUUCUCUGUACUUGUUGUUUCUGCCACUGUCUCCAAAGGUAACCAAAAAUCCAACCCCCUGACAAGCUCAUGUUCAUGGUGAAAGAAAAAUUGCACAGGCUUGAUGUAGUCUGGGAAAACUGGUGAUUUGUAGAGCUAAAGUUGAGACUUUUUAACAAGCAUGCUCAGAGUACAAAUGUGUGGUUGAAUCUGAGAGUACGUGGAUGAUUGAGUGAGUGCAAGAGAGGAAGGAAACAUGAAUUUUAAUGGGCUGAUAUCUCUGAGGAGGCCUUUUUUUUGUCAGAUAUGUUUUUUUCUUCUUGUGCCAAACAUGUUGCCACAUCAUUACCAUUACUAUCUUUUAUCGUUCUAGUAUUUAUUUUAGUACUCAAACUCAAAUAAUGGUGGCUUUUUAAAAUGUGCAGUUCAUUCACUGGUCACUGUAUAGAGCAGGUUCUUAGAGCCUGACCGAUAUAUUAGUGGGCCAAUAUUAUCUGCCAAUAUUGGCCUAUUGCACACACUUUAAAUAUUCUUUUAAUAAAGUUAUUUGUAAGUAAUGUAGAAAGCAGCCUUCUGAGUACCUUUGCAUAAUCACAUUGGUGCACAAUCCACAUAGAAAAGGUAUCAAAAAUUCACUAUAUUGGCCCGAUAUCAGUGUUUUUCCCCUCUUAAAGUGGUCUCAUAUCGGUCUGGCUCUAGUUUCCAUCUGUUUGUGCUGCCCACCUUUUUGUGUUUGUAGUGUAUUUAAAGUGCUAAAUGUCUCCUCCCGAGCAGAAACCACUUUAACAAUGUGUAGUUGCCAGUGAGGAGACUUUCAAGGACUUGUGUCAUUCAUUUCAAUGGGUGUUUGUUUGCCCGGGGGGUUAAAUUAUAUAUUUAGCUUUUUCUUUUAUUAUUCCUCAGAAAUACAAAGAUUAGUUGUCUUUUUUUAAGAUAAAACUAAUAAAUAAUAAAAGAACCUGUGGCUCCUGAGAUGAGUCUUGGUCUAAGAGGUCAAAGAGGUAUUCAGUUAACAAAUAUCAGCGCCCAUCCAGUCAUGAAUUUCACAAAAGGUGUACACUGUAUUAAGAUGUUGAGUAAUGUGGGUUUUUCUUAUCAUUCUUCAAUCCUCCCCUGUGGCAAGCUAACUCCUCUCUGUUUCUGUUUCAGUCGUUCCCGUUCAGCAACUCCAAACCGAAGCGCUACGCCCGCAGACGACUGAGUGAAGAAGCCUAUUAGUUCCCCCCCCUCCCCCGCUCUCCUUAACAGACAGACCCUCAACCCCUGCACCCUGUCUGCUUUUACAGCCCUACAGAAGUGUUUUUGGUUUUUUUUGUGCUUGUCUGUUUAGUCUUUUAAGUUGAAUUUCCUCCCCAGGACUGUAGUCUUUGUGCAGCCCCAGAUAUAGUCAGUAUAGCAGACAUAAAUCAGUUUCCAUUUGAUAGAUUGUUUUAAAUGCUGUUGCUGCAGAAAUCCUCUUUCUUCUCAGAAGUCACGUAGCAAGUGUAACACCUGUGUUAAGGUCAUUUUGAAUGUUGCAGUUGACUUUUAGCAGUGUAUUUUGGGCCUCGUUCAUACAGUAAAUUGCGUCAAAAGAUGGGUUAGUUGAUGCAGCUCUUGAGGGCGAGGACACUGCAUUGGAAAUAAAAAAAAAACUGCUUUUAUUCCUUGAGCUCAAAUUUCUGAACCUUAAAAUAUUUUUCCCCCCCGUUGAGAAUCUGCAAACGAUGUAAAUGUUUUUGUUUUGUAUUGCUCUCCAGUAUGAUUAGGGUUCAGAUGCUGUUUACCGUUUCCACUCAUGGUGAUGUAAGGAGACGGUUGCUGGCCUGCAUGCCUUUAAAUAUGUCACAUUCCUACUGUUUGUUGUUUCUGUGCUGCACUGCCCGUUUUACAAACCUGAUCAGCUUCACUGUGCGCUGAAUAGAUUUUCCCCAUGUGUUUGAUUUUGUUCCUGUGACUUUUGAUUUUAAAAUAUAUACAGUGCUUCAGUUUGAUUUCUGUAAGGGCUGCUUUAACUGUUUUGUUCUGUUCCUGGCUUAUAUGGUAAGACAGUGGCAGUUUUAUUUUUGAAUAAACCUCUUCAACAUA